UCUUCUCCAAUAGAUUAUUAAAUGUUUUGUAUAUUAUUGUUCCAAAACAAAAAAUUGAGGGAAAGCACACCAAACAGUAACUUUGAGAGUCUGCUUAUGAAUCAUGGGAACUUACUGCGGGGGAAGCCUAUGAAUUGUAAGAUUUUGAAAACAAAGGUUUAAGAAAAUAUUGGAACCAAGGAGAAGCAGCCGAGAUAUCAAAGAAUGAGGGACCUUGUUAUUUACACCUGUCACCCAGUACUAUUAUGAUUUUGAAAUGUAAGGUGGUUAAAAUAUUUGGAGAAAGAUCAAUACAUAAUUCUGUUGGGGAAGCCUGCUGGAAUGUGGCCACCAUGAAGACUGAGGAGUUGGGACCUUAGGAACUGUGUUGUGAGAGAGGGAAGUGGAUGAAAAUGACUCAAGAUAGUGUUCAAGGGCAGGCAGGCUUUGGCACUAGUAAUGCUGAACCUUUGGUUUCAGCUGGCAGAGAAAUAACAGUUCAGUCAGUGCAUCGCAACAGCUGACAUCUAUGCCUGAUAGACUCUGUAAUUCUGUUUCCACUUUUGAGCAUGUUCAUACUGUGGUACACUGGCUUACAUGGCCCUGGAAGCUGUUCUGGCGGCUCCCUCCACCUGUGGUGUGGUGCUACUGCAAUCGGCCACUCAGCUUACACUGUGGUGGCCUUGAUGAUGCUGACAGCAACAGAACAGUGGAAGAGGAGUUAUGGAUGCCAUCCACACACACACAGCUAUUGCCUACUGAUGCUUUUGGUACAAUUGAGUUUCAGAGUGGAACACACAAACGCAAGGCACAGUAUGUGCGCCUGGCACAUGACACCAGACCAGAACUCAUUAUGCAGCUGUUCACCAAGGAGUGGGGCUUGGAGCUGCCAAAACUGGUCAUUACAGUGGAGGGUGGCAAAUCCAACUUUGGUCAGCAGCGCAAGCUUGGAAGAGUUUUGCACAAGAGCCUGUCAAAGAUUGCAGGAGCCACUGGAGCAUGGGUCUUCACUGAUGGCUUAAAUAAAGGUGUCACAAGACAGAUUGGCGAUGCACUCCUGCUGGAAAAUGUCAAAAGUAGUGCACAAGUGAUUGUCAUUGGCAUAGCUCCUUGGGGCAUUGUUGAGGAUUGCUACCAGCUUUGUGGACAUAACCAUGAUGUUCCAUAUCAUUCCAUAUCUUCACUCAGGCCUGAAUAUGCAGUUCUGAAUAAACAUCAUUCUUAUUUCUUACUGGCUGAUGAUGGAACAUUAAGAAGAUAUGGAGCUGAGCUUGUCCUGAGAAGAAACCUAGAAAAGUACAUAUCUAAUCAGAAACUGCAUCCAGGUUCUCAAUGUUGUACUCCAUUGGUGUGUCUCAUGAUUGGAGGUGGUUGUAACACCAUUAGAACCGUGCGAGAUUAUGUAAUGGACACGCCCCUUGUCCCAGUAGUGGUGUGUGAUGGAUCGGGGCGUGCAGCAGAUCUUUUGGCCUCUGUACUUGAACAUGAGCAGACUGUCCUGGAAAGCAUGAGGAAUUACUUUGUCACCCUCAUACAGAACAUGUUUGAAGUGGACAUGAAACAAGCUGAGUGUCUUUACUCUCUUCUUCUUCAGUGCACUCAGAGAAAGAACCUGAUCACUGUGGUCCGUCUCACAGACCAACAAGAGGAGACGUCUCAAGAACUUGAUCUGGCAAUCCUUAAGUCUGUACUUACGGGCCAGCACUUGUCUUCAUCUGAACAGUUUGACUUUGCUCUCAUGUGGAAUCGAGUGGAUAUUGCGACCUCUGAUAUAUUUAUCUGUCAGCAAGAAUGGCCUCCAGGGGCUCUAGAAGAGGCCAUGAUGCAAGCCCUCAAGCUUGAUCGUGUUGAUUUUGUUAAAUUAUUACUGAAGAAUGGAGUCAGUAUGCAGAAGUUCCUGUCUGUACCUCGUCUUGAAGAGCUCUACAACACCAAACAAGGACCCUUCAAGAAGCUGGGCUACAUUUCGAGACAAAUUCAUCAUAUAUCCCGCGGCAACAUGUGCACUCUGCACGAUGUUGGAUUGCUCAUCAACAAAUUGAUGGGUGGAUCUUACAAGUCAUAUUACACACAAAGAAAAUUCCAGCUCAUCUAUGCCAGAGCAAUGAGGAAAUCUCUAGAUUUUCAGCAAAGCUAUGGAACUACCAGCAUGACAUCAGGUCUCCCAAGAGGAACCCUCCUAACGUCAAAUGAAGAAAAUCUGUUUGAUUAUCCAUUCAAUGAACUGCUCGUAUGGGCAGUGUUGACUGAGAGGCAGCAAAUGGCUCUCCUCAUGUGGCAAAAUGGUGAAGAAGCCCUAGCUAAAGCUCUGGUGGCCUGCAAGCUUUAUAAUGCUAUGGCUGAUGAAGUGGCUGAAAAUCACUCGGAGACACAGAUAUAUGAAGAUUUAAUAAACUAUAGGAAAGAGUUUGAAAACAUUGCUCUUGAGCUCCUGGACUAUUGUUACAAGCAGCGUGUUGACCAGGCUAAACAGCUGUUGACAUGUGAACUGCAGAACUGGAGUAAAGAAACUUGUUUGAAUCUGGCAGUAGCAGCCAAUCACCUUGCCCUGCUUGCUCACCCUUGCAGUCAAAUGGUACUUGCUGACCUCUGGAGGGGUGGUUUAUGCACUCGCAAGAGUAACAAUCUGAAGGUGAUCUUUGGAUUGCUGUGUCCAUUCUACAUUCCAAAACUGGAAUUUAAGCUUGAAGAAGAGUUACAACUCUUGCCACAGGCUGAAGAGGAACAUUUGGUUUAUCUUGAGAAAGAACACAAGAGCACAGAGGGGCAAUCUACAGACAAUCAUCAUAACACGGUUGCAGAUGCUGAGUCUUUAAUUUAUAAUGAGAGCCAUAACACGAGGAAUGCUAAUAGGAACAACCGACCCUUAAGUCUGGGAGAGAAGCUGUAUGCAUUCUAUACUGCACCAAUAACGAAGUAUUGGGGACACUCAAUUGCAUAUAUUGUCUUCUUGAUGACUUUCUCAUACACGGUGCUGGUGAAAAUGGAAAAUAAACCUUCAUGGCCGGAGUUGUACACUAUCAUCUAUAUAUGUACACUGGCCUGUGAGGAAGUACGAGAGAUUUUAUCCUCAAAACCAGUUGCUCUCAGACAGAAGCUGUCAGUAUGGGCACAGCAUUGGUGGAAUCCUUGUGAAGCUGUUGCCAUCAUAUUCUUCUUCAUAGGGUUAUUCUUGCGUUUGCACCCGUCCUCACUACAUGAUGGUCGCCUUAUUUUCUGUGUCAAUAUUGUCUUCUGGUUUGUUCGUAUUCUGAAGAUUCUGGCAGUGAACAAGUACUUUGGCCUACUUGUUACAAUGAUGGGCAAAAUGUUACUGGACACAAAUAAAUUUAUGUUCAUCAUCAUUGUGAUAUUGUUGAGUUUUGCAACAUGUCACCGGUCAAUUCUCCACCCAAACAGAGAACCAAGUUGGGCUUUCAUUCGGGAGAUGUUCUUCAAGCCAUACUUCAUGCUGUUUGGUGAAGUAUUUGCAGAAAGUAUUCUUCCUGAAUGUGAUAAAGACACUGAUUUCAUGACAUGUCAGAUAGGUCGCUGGUUUUCUUUUGUCCAAACAGUAAUAUACCUUUUUGUGUCCAACUUUAUUAUCAUCAAUGUUCUUCUUGCGCUCUACAACAACAGAUUUGAUGAAGUGAGUGCUGUUUCACGCCAAGUUUGGAUGUUCCGGCGUUUCAGAGUUGUGAUGGAGUAUGAAAAGAAGCCUGUACUUCCUCCACCACUAACUGUUUUCUGCCAUGUUUUUCUGUUGUUCAGACAUUUCCACCAUAAAGUGCAUGGGACCGAAGCAUCAUAUGACAAUGACUUGAAACUAUUUUUGGACCAUGAUGUCCAGGUAUGUCUUGGUGAUUUUGAAGAAGAGUGCCUGGACAGUUACUUGGAAGAGCAAGAAACAAAGUUACACAGGUCAAAUGAUGAGUGCAUCAGGAACACAGCUGACAAAGUAGACAACCUCUAUGAGAAAGUAAAAGAUAUUAGCCAGGAACGUAACAAUCUAACUUCAGAUAUUCAAGGAAUUGAGGUCCAUAUUAGAAAACUAGGUGGCCUCACCAAUCAAAUGUUGUCUCACUCAGCAACUAUCCAUCGAUUUAUGGGGACUAAUGUACAGGAACCUUUGUCCAUAUCAGGCUUACCAGAUGCAGAUUGGGUUGUAAGGGAAUAAGACUGUCUGGCAACAGGUUUGAUGAUAAGAAGGCUUUGUAAAGAACAUGUGAUUAUUCAGAAAAUAUUCACAUUCUGCCAGUGUUCAGCAGGGAUCAGAGAAGAUCUAAGCAUUCCAUUAUAGAAGACAGACUGAUUCAUUUAUGUUUGUGAAGGUAUGCAUAUGCAGUCCACAGAUGUACAUAUCUGCAUAUUCGAGGAAGGAGAAUAUGAGGAAGAAGGGGAAGGUGAAAUUUCAGACCUGUCAUGGGCAAUAAGGAAGAGGAUAUGACACCAGCUUGCAAAGGAGAUGAGCAUGUCAUAAAACAUUCACUUAGAACCAGUUGACAGACAUUCAGAAAGCACUGGAAAAUAAACAAAAUCGCACAAGUUUUUCAGGAACAACUCUUGAAAUUGGUAAGGAUUAUGAAAAGUGCAGUAUAAUGCGAGGCCCUCCUGCAUUGAGAAGGCAACAAACAGAUCAUCAAGAUGAAUUCUGAACCAGAAAAGAACCACAUACACCCAGAUCACUGUCACAAGCCUCCCCAAAAUCAACAUACAUUAGAGAUGUCUGACCUUGAGAGAUUCUUUCUCGGAAAACAAGUGUUCGUAAGACACUGAGCAAAUUGAAUAUGACUUUUUGGGAGAAAUUGCUGAUGAAGAGGAUGCUGCAGAAUAGAGUGCCCUAUCUCUCAAAAUAAGCAGUGAGCCACCUAAGUUCUGUUUCACAGCAGGUGCAUUGAAGUAAAGGAUUUUCUCACUCAUGGCCACAGUAUCUGCCAGCCAUCUUUGGCAUUGACAGUGAUUCACAGCAGGUGCAGGUUCCUUGCACAAGGUCUGGACUUGUGCAGGCAUCAAGCCCAGGGACCAACACAACAAGGCUCAUGCCCAUUUGCUGAUUUAUGAAAUACUUCCUGUGUCAGUAAUAGUGCACCUCGGUGAUACAGUAGUCACCAUAUCAGUCCCCUGAUUGUUCUGAUAAUGGAAGCCAGAAUUUUCUGGCUUAAUAUAUGAUACUCCAUAAAUAAUAAUAACAUGUAGUUAAUCUGUGUUUCACAUGUAAAUCUCACGUUUCCAUGAUCUUAGUGACAUGGUUACAAAGUAGACAUAAAAAAGUUUUAAUCACUAAAAAAAAAAAAAA